AUGUUUGGUGGACAUGGGCAUGGACAUGGACUUGGAGGCUUCGGUGGUGGUAAUCCUUUAUCUGGUGGAAUGAUGGAAAUGGCUUCAGACUGGGCUAUCAACCGGUAUGUUCCAGGAGGCUUACAUAGUCCGAUGGGUAUGAUGCUUGACAAUAUGAUUGGUGGAAAUCCAAAUGGAGGAUACGGUGGACAAAUGGGAGGAUUUGGUGGACCAAUGGGAGGAUUUGGUGGACAAAUGGGAGGUUUUGGUGGAGGAAUGCCCGGUGGAUAUGGAGGUCAAAGAUUUUUUUAA